AUGAGUGCGGACGAAACAAACGGACACGUGACGGCGACGGGUCGUAGACGCAGAAGAGCUGCUGAGGCAUGCACCUUUUGCCGUCGGAGGAAGAUCAAAUGUAGUGCUGAGAAACCAACAUGCGCAAGCUGUAAAACUCAUGGGACAAUAUGUCAGUAUGAACCUGCAAGUAUAGAUGCCGUCCAGCAUGCCGCUAGUCGUCCACGCAAGACACCUCGAACAGAGAGAGCACCAGAGCCAGCCCAAGAAACUGCACCUAGAGAUGUGUCGCGCAUUGUCGUCGCUUCUAAUGGCUCUUCAAGUUAUCACGGGCGCACCAGCACUUUGUUCGACGAAGCCUCGCAUGACCGUGUUGCUACUGAAGCACGUCCGCACAUGCCAGAUGAAUGGAUUGAGAGAGGUCUUGUGGCUGAAGCCGCACGUCAGAGACAAUUAGAGACUGUCAAUUUCCGACAUGGAAAGCUCGAGUUCGAUGGUGUCGAACCUGAGCUUGGCAUGCAUUUGCUUUCAUUACACUGGAACCGACAACAUCACUCAUUUCUCACAACGUAUCGUCCUGCCUUCAUGCGUGACAUGGCUUGCGGUGGCCCAUACUUCUCGAAGCUGCUUCUCAACGCCAUCUACUUCGGCGCCUCCAAGUUCAGUCCACGCCGCGAAGUUCGCCGCGUGGCUGAUGAUGUCCGCACUGCCGGUUGGCAAUUUCGUCAGAGAGUACGAGAGCUUCUAGGAGGUGCUUUGGACAAGAGUGAGAUUACUACUAUUCAAGCUUUACUCGUCAUGACCAAUUCUCUCUUCGCCCUCGGCGACGAACGCAGUGCUGCCUGGCUCUAUGCUGGGUUAGCAUUCCGCAUGAUCGUCGACCUCGGUAUUCACGUUGACACACCUGCCUUUGCAGGUUCUCGUAGACUGUCUGAUGAGGAUCGCGAAAUUAGGCGUCGUGUCUUUUGGGCUGCAUUUGUCGUCGACAAAAUCCAAAGCUUGUACCAAGGUCGCCCAGUCAGCAUGAAGGAGUCAGACACACUGGUACCCAUGAAAUUCCAAGAUACAUAUGAGGAACUUGAACACUGGACUCCUUUUUCAUACUCUACGCAAGCAGAUUCUGCCUAUCUAGGCUCUCCUGCAUACAGUAUCUCAACAUUUCGACAGCUCUGUCAGCUCUCGGUGAUCCUCAGCGACAUACUUAGCACUGUAUACACCGAAAGAAGCUUCGAAGUAGGCUCCACUGAGCUAUCCUCCAAACUGGAAGUUAUCCAACAAAAGUUGGUAACGUGGCGAAGGCUUCUGCCUGAGCAUCUCGUCGUGGAUGUAGAAGACGUUGCGCUAACGCCUCCCCCACAUGUUCUAAGCUUGCAUGCCCUUUACGGUGUACUUACAAUCCUUCUACAUCGGCCUUUUGUCGCUGACGGCCAUCUCUAUAAUACUUCACGCGCCAUUGCCGUCAACUCGUUCAUGGCGUGUGCCACCGCUGCGGAUGACAUUGUACAACUUCUCCGAGCGUAUGACAAAGCUUUUGGCGUGCAAAGAGCUCCGUACUUGAUCUCGUAUGCGACGUACGUGGCUGCGACCAUACAUGCCCGUAUCGCGGCGAGGCGUGGUCCAGGCUCUCAAGCUCACAGCAGCCUCGAGACCUGCUUAGCUGUCUUCCGCAAGAACCAAGAGACGAACUGGGCUGUGCGACGCGCCAGCGCCAUUAUACAGAACUUGAUGACAAGGUUGGGAGUUUCCACGCCUGACCAGGAGGAUGCAGGCAUUGGUAGGGAUAUUAAUGGCGACAACCAUAGAAGCAGUGUGACGGAUGCAGCGUCGAGCAGGCCUAUGGACCGUGAGCGGAGUCUGCAGAGUAUGGAAAUUGAUGGUAUCAUCCAGAGUUUUGUUCGGGAGCGAGAGCAGGAGACAUCGCAUGUGGCGCGAACAGAACCAACAGGCCUUGCUAAUCCUUCAUGCGCACCCGUACCUGGGCAGUCGCAUUCGGCCUAUUCAACUAUUGAGACGUCAGAUAGGCUUCACGAGAAUCCCGGGACCUGGAUGUAUCAAGACCAACAACAACUCUUUAACGAGCGACCGAUGCUUCGCGCACUUGUCAAACCAUCCGCUUUCCAAAAGGCACAUGCCUCAACUGUCUCACACAUCUCACCGAUCCGCAUACCUGAAUUCCCAAUGGCAUACGAAAGCGCCCCAAAGAAGGUCCGACACAGCCUACCAGCCGUGUUGAUGCGUGCUGGUACUUCGAAAGGUCUCUUCAUCCAUCGUCACGACUUGCCAGCUUCUCAAUCAGAAUGGGUACGACCAUUGCUUGCGGCCAUGGGCUCGCAAGGCUCAGAUGCUCGACAGAUUGACGGUGUUGGAGGAGCGACUUCGACAACUUCCAAGGUUGCCGUGGUGUCGCCAUCGGCACGAAUGGGCGUCGAUGUUGAUUAUACUUUUGUGCAAGUAGCAGUGGGACAAGAGACGGUCGAUUUCAGUGGAAACUGUGGAAAUAUGUGCGCUGGUGUUGGACCGUUUGCACUUCAGGAAGGAUUAGUGCGUGCAAGACCUGGGGAGAAGACCCUGGAUGUCCGGAUAUUCAACACGAACACGUCGCGGCUCAUCGUCGAUACUGUCCAAGUAGAUGAGGACGGCUCGUUUAGUGAAGACGGAGACUACGCAAUAUCGGGUGUCAAGGGGACCGGAAGCGAAAUAAAAGUUGCUUUUGUCGACCCUGCUGGGAGCAUGGCGGGGGCCCUCUUUCCUACUAGGAGACGGCGCGAUACUAUUCAUGUAAAGGAGCAAGACGGCAAUCGCUUCUCAGUCAAGGCCACCUUGAUAGACGCGGCGAAUCCUUUUGUCCUUGUCGACGAAAGGACGUUACCACCAUACCUAAAGACAGCCAGGAAAGAUACUGCUGGCUACCUCAGGCACAUGGAGUCGAUAAGAUGUGCCGGCGCCGUCAUGAUGGGUCUCGCUCCUGACAUAGACGCCGCCGCAAAGGUCCGCGGAACACCGAAGCUCGCUAUCGUGUCUUCUCCUCGGUCAGAUCAUUACUCAAGGAGACAUGGGCCAGAUAUCCACGUGCAAGCUUUCAGUAUGGGCAAACCUCAUCCAAGCUUGCAACUCACAGGCGCGGCGUGCUUAGCGUCGGCAGUAUGCAUCGAGGGCACUGUCGCACAUGGUGUUGCAGCCGAGGGCAAGGGACAGUCGUCGUGGCGAAGACAUUCGCCUGAACGGGCAGCGAGUCCCUGUUCAGACUCUGAUGAAAGCUCUCCAGGUUUACUACCGAGCCCGAGGACAGUGUGGCUCUCGCAUUCUAGCGGGUCGAUUGCGGUUGAUGUUCUGGCUACGAGCUCGGAAUCAUCCGCUUUCGUUGAUCGAUGUAUUGUUUCACGGACUGCUCGGCGGCUGUUUGAGGGCAAAGUGUAUUAUUACUCUAGUGCGUAA